CUACCUCCUCCCCCUCCCCCCCCCAAACGAUGGCUGAAGAUUCCGCCACGGCGGCCUACGAGACCUCCAGUAACCGGAGCCCCCAUGAGGAGAAGAAAGGCGAGCCAGCCACGGGCUGGUCCUCGGUGGACGUCGACUAUGGAGCGGAGACCGACCUGAAGCGCAGCCUGUCCACGCGGCACUUGACCAUGAUCGCGCUGGGCUCGUCCAUCGGCAUGGGCCUGUGGCUGGGCAGUGGUGAAUCCCUCGAGAACGGCGGUCCUGCGGCUAUCUUCAUCGGCUACCUGCUGAGUGGCACCAUGAUCUGGUCGGUCAGCCACUCCAUCGGGGAGAUGGCGGUCAUGUACCCGCUGCCCUCGGCCUUCACGCAGUGGACGGAGAUGUUCAUCGACCGGUCGGCGGCCUUUGCCCUGGGCUGGGCGUACUGGUUUUCUUACUUCAUCACCAUCGCGAACGAGCUACAGGGGAUCGUGACGGUGCUCAACUUCUGGACAGACAAGGUGCCGACGGCGGCGUGGAUCACGAUCUUCUGGAUUGUGAUCAUCUUCAUCAACGUGUUUGCGGUCAAAUUCUUCGGGGAGGUCGAGGUGGUGGCCUCGUCCAUCAAGUUCGGCUGGAUCUUCAUCGUGAUCAUCUCUCUGAUCGUGGUCUCGGCCGGGGGUGCCCCCAAGGAAGGCCCGAUUGGGUUCCGGUACUGGAACUCGAUGCCCUUCACGAACGGCUUCAAGGGCUUCCUGUCGGUGAUGCCGACGUGUAUCUUCGCCAUGUCCGGCUCGGAGAACUCGGCCCUGGUGGCUGCAGAGACAGACAACCCGCGCAAGGCCGUGCCGCGGGCCGUCAGCUCCAUCUGGCUGCGUCUGUCGCUGUUCUACAUCCUGGGCUCGCUGAUGAUCACCAUCACCGUGUCCCCCAAGGACCCCAACCUGUUCGGAGGCACGGGGGUCAACGCCUCGCCCUUUGUGAUCGCCUACCGCAACGCUGGUCUGGCCCCGUUGGCGCACAUCAUGAACGCGGUCAUCUUCAUCUCGGUGCUGUCGACGGGCAGUAUCUCGGCCUACGGAGGCUCGCGCACCCUGAUGGGGUUGACGCACCUGCGCAUGGCUCCCAAGAUCUUCGGCAAGGCUGACAGUUCCGGUCGCCCGGUCGCCGGACUGGCCAUCACCCUGAUCAUCGGCGGUGGCCUGGCGUACCUGAACGUCAGCAACAGCGGCGCCAACGUGUUCACCUGGUUCUCGAACCUGACCUCCCUGUUCACGCUGUUCGGAUGGGGCACGAUCUGCCUGUCGCACCUGCGGAUGCGGCACGCGUGGAAGGUGCAGGGACGGUCGGUGGAGGACCUGCCGUGGCGGUCGUGGACAUACCCCUACGGGGCGAUCUGGGGCCUGUUCUGGUGCAUCCUGCUGAUCAUCGCGGAGUUCUACCUGAGCCUGUGGCCGCUGGGCGGCAACCCCAACGCGAAGAACUUCUUCGCCAACUACGUGUCGGUGGUGGCCAUCGUGGUGCUGUAUCUCGGGGCGCGCAUCUACUACCGCGGGCCGUGUAUUUUCAAAUAUAUGUAUGUUAUUGUCUGUGUCUCCUGGUCCAGUCUAGAUUGGUGUGCCAGAAGACUGCGCUGUCGCUGUAACUAGCCUAGAUGCCGGAUCAGUCAUCUCUCUCCAACCCCCUCAGUUCUUUCGUGAUAGGGGGGCCAAACGAUUUCAGCGACAGGUGAAGACACCACAGGAUGCAAAAUCACGCCGUAGUAUAUAGACAUAAAGGUGUCUUUCUGUUUGAGACACACUCUUCACCAUGAUUUCUUUUGAAUUAGAUAUGGAAGAAGCAUGAUCCUCUUUGUCUUCUGCAAGACAUCCAGGUCGAUGGCAUACUUGUGAUGGAAGACGCAACCAGCGGAUUAUAUUCCAGAUAUCCAGUGAUCCAGACUCUCUCCAACCGAGACCCUGUCCAGGCCCUACAAC